AAAAAAGGCUUUUGUUUUCUGUCAUGUUGAACUAAUUCUGAUGAUUAAAUUUAAAGGCUCAUGUGUGGACGGUGACUCUGUGUGUGUGUGUGUGUGUGUGUGUGUGGCUCUCAGGUGACACACCUGCACUGAGCAUGCUCCAAACAUGACCUGGUAACCUAAGCCUGAGAUAAAUAUCCACAGCACCUGCUACACCGCUAUAGCAACCAGUGAAAUGAUGUGAGAUGAACUCCUUUAACAUCACAUUCAAACUAACAUUCAUAUGGAUUAAUAGCCUGCGUGGAGUGUACCAUGUCCCCCGUGGGGGUGGACCUUUGGGUGCCGAGCAACAGGUUCCUCUGACACCUCGUCCCUGCUUGGUUGUAAACAUGACGCUGGAACCAGUCUGGACACUCAGUCUGGACACCACACUGCAGACAGAGACCGUGUGACGCGGUGUGAUGCCGCGGUCAUACGUUCGAGAUCUGGCCAUCACUGCAGUCAUCUGCUUCACCGGUGGCGUUGGCUUAACUCUGCUGGCAGUCCUGAUAUACUACCGGGUGUCCCAAAGGAAGAAACAAAGAGAAAGAGAACGACUGAAAGAGGACGACGAAAGAAACACCACAGUGAUCAGCAACCACGUCAGCCACCUCCAUCCUCCUGGCAAUCAACAAUUUGAAGGUAAAGCCAUGGUGAUGGACACAAGGGUGGAAAACCAUGGUGGUCAUGUUAGGCCCAGAAUGGAGGACGAUGGCAGCCAUUUUAGGUGUUUGGAUUGUGCCAUCAAACAACAGAGGGGGGAGUGGCCUAGUCAAAUGAGAGGGAACAAUGGGAUAAACAGAGCGAUGGAGGUAGAGGAGGAAACUGAGAGGAGGAAAAUGAGGAUUCUGACGGAGGAAGAGAAGAGGAAACCAAGGAAAGGAAUCCUGAGCAUCGGCAUUCCUGACAAGUUUCUUUCUCUUGGCAACUCCAACUCUGUCUCUCAUCCAGGGAGAGAAACCUUCAACGAGAGACCAGAGAUCUUAUCAUCUUAUAAAACAGACAGAGACACUGACAGCUUCAGGACUGACCGUAAGAAUAAUGGACAUGAGACGUCUUUACACUGUGAGAGCUGCCACAGGACAUACAGACCACCAGGAAGGAAUCACACCUACACAAGCUUCCCUCCACAACACAGAAUGACUGACAGGGAUAGAAGCAUUUACCACAAACAACUUGACGUGAUGAUGAUGAACAGAGACUUUAGAAGAGAAUCAAGAAAUGUAACAUUUGAUCUGGAAGGUCUGAGAAACCUAGAACAAGGAGACAUUCAAGGUGAGGACAAGAGGGAGGAGAAGUUGAGGAGCCCCAGACACAAGGAGAAAGGAAGGAAGAAGAAGCAAUUGAAGGUGAAACUAAACUUGAGCCCUCUACGAAAAAACAAAGUCCACCCAAAAAGGAAAAACGAGCAGGGACACAGCUCUAAGAAAGGUAAGGAGAAUAGACGGGAUGGAAAAGAAAGAGAAGAAAAGGAAGAGAAACCAAAGUCUAGUAAGAAAACAAAGGAAAGCAACAAGAAAACUACGAAAUCCACAGACUCUCCUGACAAAGAGAGGAGGAAAAAAGAGGAUAAAGACGGAAAAAGCACAAGCCUCUCUGAGCAGGAAACAACUUUAAAAAGUGAGCAAGGUGGUCGAGAAGAAACAACACCUGCCCAGGAAGAGAACACGGACCCAGGUAACUCUCGAUCCGGUGAUUCUGCCAAUAAUGCUGACCAGCAGACUCUUUCUACUGCCACUGGACAAGGACACAAUGUGCAGACUGGGAGUAUUCAAUAUCACGAAGCUGGAAUGGUUCUGAGGAACCAGGCCACCAACCUUUCUCUGCUGGGUUCAACCGCCUCACGACUGACUGGCAGCAGCCUCUCAAUCCAAGGGGGUAACAUGCUACUCAACACCAUGGCCUCAGGAUCCAAAUCACUUGCACCUGCCAUAGCAAUCAGUGGACCGAACCUGGCCUCCAGUGGUGGCCUGGGUGGCUUUGGUAGACAAACUGGUGUUGGCAUCGUGUCUCCUGCUACUUCUCUUCUGGCUAAUGUUGUGCAUGCUAACUCACUACAAGCAAGUGGCAUGCAACCACCUCUGCUUCAUAACUCUCAGGUUGGAGGGCUUUCCACUAACUUAGCUGCAAACCCAGGUAUUAUCCAGACCCUAUCGCAAAGCCAGCUGACUCCAGACAGUUCUCCUGUUGUAACUAGACAAACGAAUGGUCCAGGAUCAGGCCUUCAGAAAGCGGAGGGUCCACAUCAACCAUCUGCAGAAUCCCAAGCACCCCAGACCAAGAACGGCCUCCCUAUGCAGGCCCAGGCACCUCAAAAUACAGAGGGUUUGUCUGGGGUGACCGAUCAGGUACUGGCUUUGGUGACUCCAGUGGAAAGUCUGUCAGGCAACAAUAGCCAGACGGGGACUGGGAAGGUACCAGAUAGUUCUUCACUAAAUGGAGGCAAUGUGGGACCAGCAGUGGGAUUGUCUGGAGACAACAAGGAGGCAACAGAUAUGUCAUUAUCAGGUGUUUCCGUACCUAGCGUAUCUACACAGAAUGGACCUUCUACAGGUGGUGCUGACGGAACUACUGCCCUCCUGCAGCAGGAGUAUGUGUCAGAGGAGGGAACCUCCUCCCCAAGGAGAAAACUGAGGCUGGUGCUUCCUGAGAAAACAUCCAGUCGAGCACCGACGGCACUGGAGAAGAAAAUACGUUAGAAUCUCACACUAUACUGCAAGUUCUGCUCUUGCAGGUGAUUAAAUGGGUUCUUUAUUCAUUUAUUUAUGUCGGAAAUACUGUAAAUCCAAAACAUUCAGCUUUUACACACACAUUUGCAUUGCAAAUUAAUCUUUGCUUGGGAUUUUGUCCAUAUGUUCUUUACACUCGUUUCACACUGUAACUAAAUGUCAUUUGUAAUAUUUGGGGUGUUUUACAUGUUUGAUGUGACUUUACUUUUAUAAUUGAAGGACUUUUUAAAGAUUUGUGUUUCCUCGUACA